AUGAUUCUUGUUUUUCUCUUUCCUUCUAUUAUGCUAUCUGUGUCUUAUUCGUUUUAUAUUCAUUCAAAAUUGUGGUUCGAUAAUAUCUAUUUAUCUAUGGGUAUCUAUCUCAUUCUGUUCAUAUCUAUCUAUCUAUCUAUCUAUCUAUCUAUCUAUCUAUCUAUCUAUCUCAUUCUGUUCAUAUCUAUCAUCUAUCUAUCUAUCUAUCUAUCUAUCUAUCUCAUCUGUUCAUAUUUAAUUCGGUUCAAAAUUAUCUAUCAAGGAAUCUAUCUAUCUAUCUAUCUAUCUAUCUCAUUCUGUUCUAUCUAUCAUUCUGUUCAUAUCUAUCUAUCUAAUUCUAUCAUAUCUAGUUCAUUUUUUUUAAAUGGAAUCAUUCUUCUGUUCAUAUCUAUCUAUCUAUCUAUCUAUCUAUCUAAUCUAUCAUAUCUAUCUCACUCUCUUUGGAUUAAUCCCUCCUUGGAUCUAUCUAUCUAUCUAUCUAUCUAUCUAUCAGUCUGUUCAUCUAUCUAUCUAUCUAUCUAUCUCAUCUGUUCAUAUCUAUCUAUCUAUCUAUCUAUCUCAGUCUGUUCUAUCUAUCUAUCUAUCUAUCUAUCUAUCGAUCUAUCUCAGUCAUAUGUAUCUAUCUAUCUAUCUAUCUAUCUAUCUAUCUAUCUGUCAUCUAUCUCAGUCUGUUUCUAUCUAUUCAUCUCAUCUAUCUAUCUAUCUAUCUAUCUAUCUAUCUCAGUCUGUUCAUAUCUAUCUAUCUAUCUAUCUAUCUAUCUAUCUAUCUAUCUAUCUCAGUCAGUUCAUUAUCUAUCUAUCUAUCUAUUCAUUCAUCUAUCUAUCUAUCUAUCUAUCUAUCUAUCUUUAUCUAUCUAUCUAUCUAUCUAUCUAUCUAUCUAUCUAUCUAUCUAUCUAUCUAUCUAUCUCAGACUGUUCAUAUCUAUCUAUCUAUCUAUCUAUCUAUCUAUCUAUCUAUCAGUUCGUUCAUAUUAUCUAACUAUCUAUAAGUUCGUUUAUAUCUAUAAGUUUCUAUCUAUCUAUCUAUCUCGACUUUCUCUUUCUCUCUCUCUCUCUUUCUCUCUCUUUCUCCUUAGCUUUCUUCUAUUCUCUCUAUCCCUUUCUCUCUUCAUUGUUCUCUGA